UCAUGGCCUUCCUCUGCCGGCACCGGCUAUGAAUUCAGCCACAUAUGGCGUAUGGAGCUUCGACACUACAGUAUUAGUUGCAUCCUCCAUGAGCCGAGUCUAGUCUCAAAAUGGGCCCUUGCGAUUUGACGCCAGGAAACAGGAGAACGUCCCUUCCAGAAGCUUUCGCCGGACAAAGGGAGGCCGAUUUGCAAGAACACCUUCCAUUGAGCAGAAAAGACUACAUCUCCCAUCAGACUCUGGGGAAAGACAGCCCUUCCCAUCUCCUUCGCCCCUCCCACUGGCCAGGAGGAUCUUGUCCAGGACUUGCCCGGGCAUGCAGCUUUCAGUUUCUCUAGAGAGCGAGCGAGCCGAGAGUUCAAGCGUUGCUGUUUCUGCGCCUGGAGAAUCACGCCAUGACUGAACCUUGGAACUACUACCAAACAUUUGUUUUCCUUGAUAUUGAGUCCACCGGGUUGCCCAGCGACCAACCUUGCAUAGCGGAACUGUGCCUCUUCGCUGUUCACCAGUCUUCCCUGCAGCCCACUCCACAGACAAAAGAACCACAGCUUCCUCGCAUCAUAGACAAGCUGAUCCUCUGCAUCAACCCCCAGAAACCUUUUACUGUGGGCGCACAGGUUAUAACUGGUCUCAGCAACCAAAAGCUAGAGCAGAACUGCAAGCUGGAAAUCAACUGUUCCUUGAUGGAGACCCUGAAAGGAUUUUUAGACCGGCAAGCUCACCCUAUUUGCUUAGUGGCCCACAAUGGUCUCCGCUUCGACUUUCCCCUGCUGCGUAAAGAACUGUGGCAAAUAGGCACCGACCUACCUGCAGAUACAGGAUGCCUCGACACAUUGCAGGCUUUGAAGAAUGUGCUUAGAGAGCCAAACCUGAGCUAUAAGCUGGGAAAUCUGUACCAGUACUUCUACGGAGAGGAACCAUCAAGAGCCCACACAGCUGAAGGAGAUGUGCUUACUCUUCUCCUCGUGUUUCUUGCUAAGGCCAAUGUGCUGAAGCAUUGGGCAACCUAUGGGGCCCAGAAGUGGGGGCAGAUUCAACCUAUGGAUUUCCGCCACUCAAACAGGUUCUGAUCUCUGGGGGAAAAAAUAUCCUAUCUCUGCUUGUCUUCCAUUAUAUUGAACCAUGAUUUUUAAAUGAUUUUUAAAUUCUUGAUUAAACCAUACCUUAUAAAUUU